AUGUCUCUUCUUCAAGCUUCGAGAAGAGACUUUGAGGUGUUGGAGAUGAAGAAAAGCGAGACAAUCACUGAAUAUUUUGCUAGGAUCAUGGCCGUGGCAAACAAAAUGAAGAGCAAUGGUGAAACCAUGCCAGAUUCCAAAGUGGUAGAGAAGAUCUUGAGGACGUUGACUGAGAGAUUCACCUAUGUAGUGGUGUCUAUCGAGGAGUCAAAGGACAUAGACACCCUCUCAAUUGAUGAGCUGCAGAGUUCACUUAUGGUUCAUGAGCAGAAGUUCCGCAGGCUGAAUCGAGAAGAAGAAGAUCAGGCCUUGAAGAUUGAAGAUCGAGCUGGUGCUAGAGAUCGGGGGAGAGCAACUCUCAGAGGAAGAGGUCUAGGGAGAGGACGAAAGUCCUCCAAUAGAGCAACAGUAGAAUGCUUUAAGUGUCACAAUCUUGGACACUUCAGUAUGAAUGUCCGAAGUGGAACAAAGAGGCCAAUUAUGCUCAACUUGAGGAAGAAGAUGAGCUGCUCCUAA